CCGAGGAGGAAUUCGGAGGAGGCGCGAGGCCCGGUGCUCGCGCCGCGCCCGGGAGCCCGGGAAGGAGGCCGGCGGCGGCGGCGGCAUGAGGCAGGCGACGCGGCGCCUGUGAGCAGCGCGCGGCGGCGGCGGGGACCUCGGCGCGGGCAAGAGCCGAGCGGCCGGGGGCUCCCCUCCCCCGCUGCCGGGCGGUGAUUUGCCGGGCCUGCUGAGCCCCCCGCCCACUCCCUCGCCUCAGCCGCCGCCUCGACGCUUCCCCUCGUCGGAGCGGCCGCUAGUCCGCCCGCCCGCCCGGCUCGAGGCCCGCGGGGAGCGCGGCGCAGUCCGUCGGCCCGCGGGGGGGCGGCCUCCCGGCAUCUUCGCGGCGCCCAAGGACGACCAGGAAGGGGAGCGGCAGGGAUGGCGCGUCCGCGGCCCCGCGAGUACAAGGCGGGCGACCUGGUCUUCGCCAAGAUGAAGGGCUACCCGCACUGGCCCGCCCGGAUCGAUGAACUCCCAGAGGGAGCUGUGAAGCCUCCAGCCAAUAAAUACCCUAUCUUCUUUUUUGGCACCCAUGAAACUGCUUUUCUAGGUCCCAAAGACCUCUUCCCUUACAAGGAAUACAAAGACAAGUUUGGAAAAUCAAACAAACGGAAAGGAUUUAAUGAAGGAUUGUGGGAAAUAGAAAAUAACCCAGGAGUAAAGUUUACUGGAUACCAGGCAAUUCAGCAGCAGAGCUCUUCAGAAACCGAGGGAGAAGGCGGGAAUACUGCUGAUGCAAGCAGUGAGGAAGAAGGCGACAGAGUAGAGGAAGAUGGAAAAGGCAAAAGAAAGAGUGAAAAAGCAGGCUCAAAGAGGAAAAAGUCAUACACUUCAAAGAAAUCCUCUAAACAGUCCCGGAAAUCUCCAGGAGACGAAGAUGACAAAGACUGCAAAGAAGAAGAAAAUAAAAGCAGCUCUGAGGGUGGAGAUGCCGGCAAUGACACAAGAAACACAACUUCAGACUUGCAAAAAACCAGUGAAGGGACCUAACUACCAUAAUGAAUGCUGCAUACUAAGAAAACCACAAGAAGGUUAUACGUUUGGUUGUCCAAUACUCUCGGAUUUGAUAUGAACCAACACAUAGUCCUUGUUGUCAUUGACAGAACCCCAGUUUGUAUGUACAUUAUUCACAUUCCUCUCUGAUGUGUUUGGGGGAAAAAAAGACAUUUUAGCCUUUUUUAAGGUUAUUGACUUAAUUUCAUGUUAUUUGGUUGCAUGAAGUUGCCCUUAACCACUAAGGAUUAUCAAGAUUUUUGCACAAGCUCAUACAAGUCUAGGAUCCUUUAUCAAGGCAGUUAUGUUUAUCACUCUUCUGCCUUUUACUCCACCAUCACCAAACACUCAGUUAAAUAUAAAUUAGCAUUUUUUUUAAAAGGACCACUCAACAUAAUGCUUAAGGGAUUUCUUCUCUGUGACAAAACCCAGGAACCAAUUCCUAGAUACAUAAUGUUGGCAUAUUGAAGGUGAACUUAAAAUUGUCCUUCAGUUUUGAGGCCAUGUGUAAAGUUGAAUCAUAUUGUAAAAUACCUUUUCCGUAUUAGAAAUAGCUAGUUGACAACUUAUACUUCUCAAAACUCAUGUUGUUACGUACACAAACUCAGUUUCUAUAUGUGAAGUUAAGUGAGUCUUUUGUGUUACUCCAAGAUAAAGGCAAUGAUUUAUUUUCUCCCAAUGCCAAUACAAUUUGAGCUAAUCACUCAAGCUGGAUACUUUACAUUUUAAAGCUGAACUCAGCAGUAGCCCUAUGGGAAGUAAGACAAAGCAUUGACUUUUAAAUAUAGACUUUUAAACGAUCUGUUGUUUUAUUUUGGAACUAGAAUUAGAAUAGUUAAUACUCAUCCACAAACCAUUAUUAUGUGUACAUUAUUGUUGCAAUUGUGAUAAUAGAAAAUUUUAUUUAUUUUUAUGCCAACUUAUAUUGUGAGAACACAUUUAGUCAGUUUGGGUUUUAUCAAUCCUGUUAUGCUUGUCCUUGGAACAUCUUUCGCGUAUUCGAGGUUUGUAGUUGAAAAGUUUACUGUAAAAAAAAAAAUCAAAAACAAAAAAAUGUAUUGUUUUUACAGAAUAAAUUUAUUGGAAUGUG